GAGAGACGCUCCGUGCCCGUCAGGGCCAGCGCCCGCCGCGGCCAUGGUGGCCUGGCCCGCCGCGCCCCUUCUCAUCAAUCUCGGGGGAUCACUGCUAGGUUUCGUGGCCACCCUCACAUUAAUACCGGCCUUCAAAGACCACUUCUUGGCAGCGCGCCUCGUCGGCGAGGACCUCAACAAGGCCUUCCGGCGGCCCAUCCCCGAGGCACAGGGUAUGAUCAGCGGGGCCGUGUUCCUCAUCAUCCUCUUCUGCUUCAUCCCUGUGCCCUUUCUGCGGUGCUUCAUAGAGGAGCAGUGCACGACCUUUCCUCACGACGAGUUUGUGGAACUUAUUGGCUCACUCCUUGCCAUCUGCUGCAUGAUUUUCCUGGGCUUUGCAGAUGAUGUUUUGAACCUACGCUGGCGUCACAAACUCCUUCUCCCUACCAUGGCAUCCCUCCCACUACUUAUGGUGUACUUCACCAACUUUGGGAACACAACCAUUGUGGUGCCUAAGCCUUUCCGUGUGUUACUAGGCAUGCACUUGGACUUGGGUAUUCUCUACUAUGCGUACAUGGGCAUGCUAGCAGUGUUUUGUACUAAUGCCAUCAACAUUCUCGCUGGAAUCAAUGGGAUUGAAGCAGGGCAGUCUCUGGUGAUUGCUGCUUCCAUUAUUGCAUUCAACCUUGUAGAGUUAAACGGGGAUUAUCAGGAUGAUCACAUUUUCUCUCUCUACUUUAUGAUUCCAUUUUUUUUUACAACGCUGGGGCUGUUUUACCACAACUGGUAUCCAUCCCAAGUGUUUGUUGGGGACACCUUCUGUUACUUUGCUGGCAUGACCUUUGCUGUGGUGGGGAUCCUGGGCCACUUCAGCAAAACAAUGCUCCUUUUUUUCAUCCCACAAGUGCUUAACUUCCUCUACUCAUUGCCUCAACUCUUCCACAUUAUUCCUUGUCCCCGCCACCGACUACCAAGGCUCAAUCCUACAACAGGGAAGUUGGAGAUGAGCUACUCCAAAUUCAAAACUAAGAGCCUUUCAACCCUGGGAACAUACCUUCUGAAGGUAGUAAAGAUCUUGCACAUAGUAGAUGUGAGGAGUGGAAUGGAUGAAGAUGGUGAAUACUCCGAAUGCAAUAAUAUGACGCUAAUUAACUUUGUUAUAAAGCUGAUCGGACCCAUCCAUGAACGAAAUCUCACUCUCCUGUUGCUACUCAUUCAGGUCCUGGGCAGUGUGAUUGCAUUUUCAAUCCGGUACCAGCUUGUGCGCUUAUUUUAUGAUGUCUGACUGAACUGCCAGGAGCCGCACCUUCCAGUGAACUUUAUUCAAUUGCUGACCAAAACAAUUCAAUCUUAUUCUGAUCCUCUGAGAACUCCAAGCCACCUUUCAGAAUGCAAGAAACUACUCCAAGCCAGCCUAGAAUCACAAUUCUCUUUUUGUAGACAGAGCUCUUCUGUCUAAUUCUGCUGACAGAAGACAGUCAACACUACUUGGACGUCCUUGCUACUGAGAAUACCUUUCAGAGGGGAAAUAAGCAACACAAAUCUUUACACAGAGUGUUUAGGGAAAGCAGGAGAAAUGAAAUUGAAGUUUAAAAAACUUGUCACUGUUCCUUGAGAGAAGAAAUAAGAACUGCAAUUUCUGUGAGACUCUACAGCAGAACAGAAGAACCAGAAUGCCUUCUUGGCUAAUUCAGGUUUAUCUGUAGAAUAAUACAUUAUAAAUCAUACCCACAACUCAGAGCAUUCUGAGAAUAAAAUAACAUGAAAUACCCUUUCACCUUCA